UCCAGGUGAGCGGUUGGGUUAGUAGAGCUGCUGCUGCAGCAGAGAGCGGAAGCCCCAGAGACACCUCAGGUGGAGCCGGCAGGCUGGUGUUCUGGGAUCCAGCUGCAGCCACAAGGGGGAAAGAAAGUCCGACUGCGAGUGGAGCGUGACCCGGGGCAGACCCCACCAAGGCUGCUGGCCCCUUGGACUCAUCGGUCUGGGUUCCUCUGGAAGAGCAGAGGGAUUUUGCUUUCGGGACUGACAUUCAGCCUUAAUCUUCGCUACCAGGCAUGGGGGGCAUGUGACCCUUGAUGGACACUGCUGCACAGGGCACGGCGGAGCCGGCGAGCAGAGUGGGCGGCGUGCGGAGGAGCAGCUGGGGGGCGUGCAGCAGCUGAGCAGCAUGCCCGUGGAAACCCUCCAGGCUGGGGACGUGAUGAAGGGGGUUUCGGUGACGGCGCCCUUCACCUCGGCAAUGCCAUUCCGGAUCCUCAACAAGGGGCCUGAGUACUUCCGCCGGCAGGCGGCCACCGGCGCCAGGAAGCCAAGCGCCGUGGAGAGGCUGGAGGCGGACAAAGCCAAGUAUGUGAAGAGCCAGCAGGUCGCCAGCACCAAGCAGGAGCCGGUGAAGCCGCUCCUGAAGCAGCCCCUCUUCGCCCCGGGGGUCCGGAGAGCCAUGCUCACUCCCAGCCGCAAGACCCCGCAAGGGGGCCGCAGGGUGGAAGCCUGUGGGCCAAAGACCUCCUUGAACCUGGAGAUCCUCAACAACCUCAUCAACAUCUGUGACAGCCCCCUGCCCUUCCCCAAGUCGGAGAGCCCCCGGGAGCACAAGUGGAGAGCAGAGACGAGGGAGCCCCCAGGCAAAGAGCGGGGCGGGCACCCCGCUGUGCAGAGGAGGAAGGGCCCCUCGGAUGGCAUGAGCAAGCUGUCGGAGAGCUCCAUCACGUCCAAGCCCUCCAGCACGGUGGCCGUGCGCAGAGUGGAUGUUCGGCCCUGCGGGGUUCGUCGGGACAGGGGGACCCCAACCAUCCAGGUCACCCCUGGGCCCAUCUCACCCGCCAAGGCCAGGAUCCCCUCUGCCGGCUCCCUUAGCUCACCAAAUAGAAGCCCCCACGACAGGCGGACAGACAGCGCCAAGCGGCAGACCCUCCUGCACAGGUCCAAGUCCGACCUGAGUGACAGGUACUCCCGGGCCACGGCCGACCUGGAACGCUUCUUCAACUACUGCGGGCUGGACCCCGAGGAGGUGAGGGACAUAGGGGUGGAGCACUUUGCCCGGGCCAGCUCGGACAUCGUCUCCAUCAAGUUUCACAGCGUCAGCACCGCCAGCUCGGAGUGCGCCCGCUCCCAGCGCAGCGCCGCCACCCUGGAGGACAAGCAGGCGGAGCGCAUGCCCUACGGCAUCUCCGUCAUCGAGCGCAACGCCAGGGUGAUCAAGUGGCUGUAUGGACUACGGCAAGCCAAAGAGCCCCAAAAGGUAUCCGACGUAUAGUGACUCCAUGGAUGCCACGAACUCUGAUAGCAAAGCCUUUUAGUGUGUGUGUGUAUGUGUGAUGUACAAGGGGGUGUUUUAAUUUCUUGCAUGACUCAGUCUGGUCCCGCUGGGAAACACCCUAUGGUGGAGUCUCACUGAUAGAGCAUCCUUUAACUCUGGUCCCUGUCCCCUGUUGGCCUCUCCCAGCCCCUUACCCUACCCCGUGGGGUUCAGAGAUCGGGUCCCUGCAGCAACGAGACGUUGCCAGACCGAGAACUUCAAGAGUUGCACGGCCCUAGCGAAGAGACAGGGCGAGUUUCCUUGGCAUGGGGGCCGAGGGGAGGAGUGGGGCCAGCCUGGCAGCACAAGUAGGGAUGUUCAGUAUUCUCGGGAGUUACUGCAGGGCUGCGCAUUGCCUCGGUCAACAGUGCUGGCCCUGGGAAGGGGCGUCCUUCCUAAUGGAACUGAUCCUGCAAAUACGCCAGCUAUUAAUAAAGAGCCUGGAAUAUCGCCCCCCGUGAGCCAGUGCGAGGGCAAAGGGCUGGCUUGCACCUGCUUGCCUGGAUCCUCUUUGGCACCUGCCCGCACUGCCCUAGGAAUCAGUUGACUGAGACCGCGCCAAGAGGACUGUAAACACCCUCGCUAUCAUGAGGCGGUUGGAAGAACACACGUGUGUACACACCUCGUGGGCGAGCCCAGGGGACUCUCUGUGCAGCUCAUGGCCCAGCCAACACACGCCUGCCUCCUGCAGUGCAGCUGAGGGUCUGGUGGUCGCAGUGGAGGGCUUUUCUCCAGCCCUGCAUGCACAACACAAACACAACCCCCCCAAAGACUCUGCCAGAAACCCAGGGGAUCUGGUACUAAGACUUUUACCCCAUCCUGGACUGCACCCUCCAUUCCAGGCAGGGUGGACCAGCUGUGCAGAGCCUGCCCCUUCCUGCCGUAUUAGUGGGAAUGUUCUUAGCUGGGUCGGCCACGUUAGCAGAGCUCCGGUUAACAGUAGCAUCCGAAGUGCAUCUCAUGCAUCUUAGGAGCUGGUUUGUGUCAGCCCAGCUCGUGGUGCCUCGAAUGAGGAGUCAUCGUCGGGCACAUCAUGCAACUUCUGUGCUUCCGCAAGGCAUGGUGUGCCUCUGGCGUGAAAUGUCCACGCUGGGUGAAUGUGCCACCCUAUCCAUCCCUCAAGUGGUCACCUUGGGGGUCCUCUGAAAUCCCCCAGAACAGCUAGUCUUUGUAUUUUAUGCUCAGCUUUAAUAGCUCCCACAAGAGAGCAGACAAAGCAGUUUUAGGAGGCAGCUUGAUCCAGAUGAAACUUAAUUUUGGUUUUGUUUUGCUCUACACUGAAACUCUGAUCACUCUGCUUCAGUUACCAAGAGAACGUCGCCCCGAUCUGCACAGGUUUUCCCGGGGGGUGAAUUCUCCCAACCCACAUUAGUUAAGCUCUUUUGUGGGGAGGAGGAAAUGGGUGUUUAUAGGAGAAUCCCUGGGUUGCGGAGGGCCUGGAGCUUGGGGCGAUUGUAGCAAACUCGUCUUCAUUGUGUGGAAAGAACAGCCGGGUCUGCUCUUUGAACGGGCAGCCCAAGUGGCUCCGUGGCUCAGGAGGGGCUGGGACAGAUCUGUCCCUCCCGAACGUCCCCUUUCUGUUGUACUUUUAUCUUGCUGCCCUGGCUGUUGGUUUUGCUCCCUGACUCGUUCUUUUUGCAGCUGCUGCUUCUCUGUAGUUCUGUGUACAUUUGCCAGCUUGCGUUUUAAGAGGGGAUCCUUGGGGAGAUGCUUGUGUGUGUCUGGGGGGGAGGGAGAAGAGGAGUGAGUCUUGUAAGUGACAUUUAAUAGGAAAACUAUUCUUUGGGGGGGUUACUAGUUCCUUCCACUGGAAACAGUCUUAUCACAAACAUCCCCGUGAUGUUGUGCGUCUUGAUUUCAUGCCCCAGCAGAGACGUUCCUCAUGGAUAUCUGCCUGCUGUGUGGAGCUACUUGGAAGCGAGUGUAGAUUGGCGGGAGCUUUCUGAACUGCCUGGGGAAGAUCAAUAUAACCUCCUACCUCAGCUGGAAAGCGCACGCAGGGCAAUACAGUAGCGUGGGAGGGACAGUACCACGUGCCAGCACUGGCUCAGUAAAGUUCAGCAGCGAGGCUGAAAAUAGCAAGAGACUCGGCUGCUUAGCCAUAAAGGCAAAAAUCUACCUCCUCAGUCAGUGUAGGCUCGUCAAGGCUCUUGCUGUGCGUGUGUUUUUUAUGUGUGUGUUUGUUUGUUCCUCUUUUCCUCUGCCACAGUCAAAAAAGCCCAAGAGUUCUGGGAAUGCUGACCCCAGUUAUUUAUGAAGAUGGUUCUGUAUUGUUCUCGUCUCAUUUUUACUGUAUUUUCCGCCAUUUGUUCUGUAAAAGCCUGACUGAUUUUAUUAAAGUCCUGUCCUUCG